AUGGAGCCUUCCCCGUUCAGCAGAAGACAGUGGGCCUCCCAGUCUUUGAAAAUCACUGCCAAGGAGCUUUCCCUGGUCAACAGGAGCAAGUCCUCGGCCCUGGCUGAGAGGUUCUCCAAGUAUCAGAAAGCUGCUGAAGAAGCCACUGCUGAGAAGAAGAGAAGUAACGCGGAAAACCUGCCCCCUCACUUCCCCAGGGGCAAUCUGAGCGCGCUGAAGAAGAAGUGGGAGAAGCCGGCGCCGGGAGCGGAGCCCGGGAGGGAAUCGCUGCGGGGCGGCUGCGCUGAGGUUCGGCACAAGGUCGGCACCGGCCGCGCUCCUUCCCCAUCCCCGGGGGCUGGGGCUGCCCCCGCUGACGGCUCGAAGGCCAGAACCCGCUCCCCGGAGGGUGCCAGCAUGGAAAACUGCGUGAGAGAGCCCAGGGAGGUGGAAAAGCCCGAGGCCGGCGAGGGCGCGGAGCCCCCGGGCAGGAUCGAGAAGUACAACGUGCCCCUGAGCAAGCUCAAGAUGAUGUUCGAGAAGGGCGAGCCCCCCCAGGCCAAGGUGCCCAGGGAGCCCAGGAGGACGGCGCUGGGCAGGAGGGUCUCGGAGAACAGCGUCUCCUCGGAGGACUGCGACGCCGGAGCAGGUGAGAGCAGCUCUGUGCCCUCUGCCCUGCUGGAGGAUGGCCAUGCUGGCCAGAACUCGGAGAGCGAGGCAGAAGCUCAGAAACCUGCUGGCACAAAGCAGCAGAACGUGGGGGCCAGAGCAGCUGCCCAGGCUGAGGCCUCCCCACCCAAAGCCGUGAAGAAAUUCCAGUUGCCAAUGAAGGAGACCUGUGUUGGGUGCCAGAAGACCGUGUACCCCAUGGAAAGGCUCUUUGCCAACCAGCAGGUGUUUCACAUCAGCUGCUUCCGCUGCUCCUACUGCAACAGCAAGCUCAGCCUCGGGACGUACGCGUCGCUGCGGGGGAACAUCUACUGCAAACCCCACUUCAGCCAGCUCUUCAAAUCCAAGGGCAACUACGACGAGGGCUUCGGGCACAGGCAGCACAAGGAGCUGUGGGCGGGCAGAGCGGAAGGGGAGGAAUCCCCGGAGAAAACCCUCCCCGGGGGGAACGCGACGGAAGCCCCGCAGAGCCCCGGGGUGGAGGAGGCCCCCAUUGCCAAGGUCGGGGUCCUGGCAGCGAGCAUGGAGGCCAAAGCUUCGGCCGUGCCCGAAAGGGAAGAGAGACCAGCGGAAACCAAGAAGCUGCGGAUCGCCUGGCCCCCUCCCUCCGACCAGAGCGUCCAGGGAAGUGCCUUAGAGGAGGGCAUCAAGGUGCUCAAACCCAAGUGGCCCCCGGAGGAAGAGGUUUCCAAGCCGGAGGCGCAGGAGGAGGUGGAUCUGGAUCUCAAGAAGCUGAGGAGAUCCUCCUCGCUGAAGGAGCGCAGUCGCCCCUUCACGGUGGCGGCCUCGUUCAGAACGGUGUCCGUGAGGGGCCACAGGGCAGAGAACUCGCCCUCUCCUCCCAAAGCCGAGAGGGACACGUGGAGGAAGGGGGAGGAGCUGGAGAGAGAGGAGAGAAAGCCAAAGGAGAAGAAGGUCGAGCACAGGAACAUCCAGAAUGAGGAGAAGAAUGUGGAGGAAGAGCAGGAGUCGUGCGGGGUCAGAACGGCAGAGCUCGGCGUCGUGGAGAACGGGCAGGGGGGUGUGGAGACAGACGAGGAGGAACACGCGGCGGGAGAGCCGGAGAGCCCAGAGGAAGAGCUCCUGGAGCCGAAUUCUCCCAGACGUCCCAGCCUGGCCCACGUGGUGACUGCCAAGGAGUCCUCCCCCGACCAGCACCGCAAAUCCCAGGACGUGGGUUUCUGGGAGGGCGACGACGUGGAGGAUCUGUCCGUGGAAGAGCAGAUCAAAAGGAACCGUUACUAUGAAGAUGAUGACGACGACGAUGAUGAAGAAUAAUAAAUUGGCCUUUUUUCACUAGGAAACUUGCUGCAAGGUGCUGGGCCUUUUGGAAAUGGGUAUUAUUUUUGUUUUAGCUUUAACAAACAGCUCUCCUCCACGAAGCGAUGCCACGCUGCACGUCAAGGGAAUCCACGUCCAAAUGAUCUCAACUGGGGAACUCUGGAAGCCUGCAAAGAGUCUCUGUGGGCGCACGGGGACGGGUGUCUGUGGGACAGCAGCAGCAGGGGAUGUCUGCCCACGGGCUGUCCUGUGCUUGUCUCAUCCCUCUGGGCUUAAAUACGUGUUCCACCAACCAACAAUUCAUGGAAUUCCACCACCAACCUGUGGAAUUCCGGGACAGGCCCUCUGGAACACGCCACCUGUACCACUACCAAUGCUACUGCAGUGCUUUAGGGACCAACUUCAAAGGGACUUUCUGGCCUGCUUUAAAAAUGGUCACUUAAUGCACUUUAAUACGUGGAAAGGGGCACAACUGGGCUUUUAUAUAUUUUUUUUUCUUUUUUUUUUUUUUAAUAAUAAUAAUAAUAAAAGAACCAUUUCCGUGCGUGGCGUCCUGGAACCGAGUGCAAUGUGAAUUUUGGUGGCUCAGACCCGCCCCUGAUGGGCUGGGCAGUCCCUGCCCUCUGUCCCUGCCCGACUGGAAGGUUCCCCGUUGCUGGACCCACGUGUAUUUUAGUGCUUUCCCAGGAGCUGUGCCGGCUGCCGGGUCUCUUUGAGGGCGAGUGAACACUUUUUUUUGAGCAGCCUGCAGGGCAUUACUUCUGCAUUUCACACCCAUUUGAAGUGGAGUUGUUUUUUUUUUUUUUUGUUUGGUCUGUUUUUUUGUUUUUGUUUUUAUUAUUUGAAUUUCCUCCUCGCCGCCGUUUUAAACCGCAAAUAAGAUUUUUAAGGCCUUCUGACAACUCUGGAAAUCCUGCUCGUAUCAAGCUGCCAUAAAUCUCUUCCUUACAGCUGUGAAAUGAUGCUGCAUUGCAAAAAACAAACAAAAAAAAAUCUCUGGAAUCAACCAGUGACACUUUUCUGACUUGCCAGCGUUGAGGCUUAGAAAACGUUUUUAAACUUGACUUUGUUUAUUUUACAAAUAAUAAAUUCUUGAGGGGAGGAGGAGGAGGAGGCCCUUUUGUAUUAGCUUUUAUUUGUACUGUACUCUCAAGAGAAUUAGCUCUUACCUAUACUUGAGGUGUAAAAUAUUCUGCUUUCUUAACAGUUCUGCUGCCGACCAACCCUUCAAUAAAGUUCGGUCAUUUGCAUUAAAA